AUGAAAAUAAGCAGUUUUUUUGCAAUUAUUUUUACUCUUGCAUCUAAGAUUAGAGCUGAAUGUUCAAGCGGAUAAAUAUUUAAUCUAGUUUCAUAAUAGUGUUUCCCAUGCUCAAGCAGCUGCUAAGAUUGUUUUAGUACUAGUUCAGACUCGUGCAUAAGCUGCCCUCUUAAUUUUUAUAAAAGUAAUUUAAAUUCUUCUACAUGCGUUUAAAACUGCGAAGUUGGAGAAAUAUAAGCAGAUAACUAAUAUUGUAUUAAAUGCUAGAUUGUAGGAUGUAUUAAAUGUGAUUCUAAAUAAAAUUGCUUACAAUGCAGUCCUAAUUUAUACUUUGAUAAGGAUAAGAAUGAGUGUUCAUUAAAACCAAAAAUUUGUUAAUCUGAAUGGGAUUUUAUCUAAGAGCCUUUUACAGAAUAAUAGUGUAUAAAUAGUUGCCCAAGCUCUUACUAUCCAAAUUAAAAAACAUAAAUAUGCGAAAAAAUUAGCUAAUGUAUUCAAAUUAACGAGAGUCCUCCAUUACUCACUGAAAAAGUUUUUGAAUUAAACUAAUUUAAUCAAGAUUACUACCUCAUUAGAGCAAAUUCAUGUUAUUUUGCUCUUGUGGAUUAAAAUUUUUAGAUAAUUUACAUAGAAAUAUUUUAAGAUAUGCCAGACUUUUAGUAUAAAUAUAUGUCUACUGGAGAGGAAAAAGUAUAAAAGAGUUUUAUUUUGGAAGAAUAUGGAGGCUGCUUAGCUAAUAGUACUAUAAAAGUGAUGAAUUUUAUCACAAAGCAAAUUGUUUUUGAAUAAACUGAUUUAGAUUAGGACUACUAUAUUUUUGCUGGUUCUUAUUAGGUAGCAAUUUUAUAAGAAGAUAGAUCUCUAAAAUUUUUAGAAACCUAAUUAGAAUUUUCAGACAAUUUAACUAUUAUGUAAUCAACUUAGAUGUAUUAAUAUUUAAUUAGCAUCUUUUCUGAUUAUUUGGAAGGACAAACAUCAGUUUAUAAGCAAGUAUACUUAAAUGAUACUAAUUUCUAAAUCACAUUAUUAGAAAAAUUUGCUAUAACAAAUGAUAUAUUUUACAGUGUCAGAUUAAGUGGAAUAAGUACUAAAUAUAACUAUUGCUAACUAGAUAAAUGA